UUAGGGCCAGCAGAAGCCUCCAAAGAUGUGACAGAAGAUCCCUUGGCAGAAGAUGAGAAAAGAAGGAAUUAUGGGGGAGUAUAUGUGGGUCUGCCUGCAGACCUGACCACAGUGGCUGCUAGUCAGUCCAAGUCCACACGAAAAGACUAGCAGCUGCUGAAGGAGAUUCAACACAGGACCCUGCAUUUUGAGUCACCCAGAGACAGACACAUUCUAUGCAGAGAGCAUCUUGGUGCUCUGAUUCUGGUAGGAAAUGGACUAAAUGAAGACUUUGAUUAAGACUCACACUGAGCAAAGAAAGGGGCAGUUUGGAAGGACUCAGAGGACUCUGCCUAAUGGAGCACAGGAAAGUGAAGCAAUGUUUGGAUGCAUAUGGCAUCAAUCAUCGGCCUUUGUCCUUAAGAACAAAAGACGAAGAAAGAGGAAUCCCACACAGACUCCCAACCUGGGAAUUGCAGCUGUGGACAGCAGCAGCGGGUAUUUUGACAGUCACAUAAGUGGACCCCUUUCUUUCUCAGGAAAUGAUGGAGGUUACAGCCAACUUUACAACAGGCUGUGUGGGAAUCACACGACCUCCCCAAACCCAUUGGCAAUAAGACUUUCUGCUAAUUAUAUCACUACAGUGCACACAUGCUUGAUUGCAAAAUAGACUGAACAUGUCAUGGGUGAAGGAAAUAUAAUUUAUUGCAAUCAAGGACCUGUUGGUAUAUCAGAAAAGCGGAAUCUUAUUCUCAAUAAUCGCUCUCCGUGCUGAAACUGAGGUUGUUCUACAUGAUGUUCUGGGUGUGGUUACCCGACCCGUCCUGGGCAACGCUUCUCUGUGUCUGUCAUGUUUGCUCUCCCUUGCAGCAUUGUUUUUAGUUCUCUGAAAAAGCUCUGAAUAUAAUACUUUUAAAGCCACUAAUGGAGUCUUUCUUAAGGGUUCAUGAGCAGAACUGUCCACUACUUUAUUCCACCCAUUGCGUUAAUGUAGAUCUGCAAAAAAUAUCCAUGGGUUGAUUUGCAAGCGAAGGAAGCAGCUUAAAAAGAAAUACAGGAUGGAUAAAUUGGUUUUCACUCCUUUCCCCCUCACAUAGUGUAUAACCGAACUCUGAACGUUGUUUCGUUAGUGAGUGAUCUUUGGGAGAAAAUGUGCGUGACAUUGUGCAAUUUUCUUACUGUCAACAACCACCACAAAAAGAUCCUGAAUAUUGAAGGACGGGUUAAAUUGUGAUAUCUACAGUGCCUUGCAAACAUUUUCCCACCCCUUUAACUUUUUCACAUUUUAUCACAUUACCAGAAAUGGCAUGGUAUUUGAAUUAAGAUCUUUUGUGUGUGUGUGUUAGUCCAACAAAAAGUAACGUGUCAAUGUCAAGUGGAAGCCCAAUUAUGCAUGGUUUUUAAAUUUUUGUUUCCAAAUAAAAAUUUAGACUGUCUGUCCAUCCCAUUCAAUCCUAAUAAAAUACAUUAUAUUGC